GCGACGCAACUUGGCUCGAUAUAUACUCCACAAUUUCUCCGGCCAAGGAUCGGUGGGCAAUAAGCGGACGGCGCGAUGUCGAACUCGAAUAUUGGUGGAUGAAUGUCCGUAUUCUCUCACCUGAAACGGUUGCGUAACAGUAUUACGAGAGGUCGAAAGGAAUCCGUCUUCGAGUGGCCAGUUUUGUUUGUUGUCUUGUGCGUGGUGCCUUCACGAACUGGGUCAAUACAGGGUCUUUAGAAUGUCUCUCAAGGAGUCGCUGUCGGACGUUCAACUGCAUCUAGCCGCGCUCAACGGCAACCUGCCGUUGCUCAAGCGAAUAUUGGACAGCGGAAAGGUGCACGUGGAUUCUCGCGAUAAGGAGGGCACCACUCCGUUAAUUUUGGCUUCAGCCAACGGCCACUUCGACUGUGUCAAAGAGCUUCUGGAACAAGGCGCCGAUCCAGCUGCGAAACGGAUUACAGGCACAACGCCGCUGUUCUUCGCCGCCCAAGGCGGCUUCUUGGACAUCGUGCAGUUUUUGUUGGACAAUGGGGCACCUGUCGAUUCUUGCAGCAUGGACGGCGGCAGCCCGUUGUUCGUGGCGUGCCAGAGCGGACACAUCGACGUCGUCAAGGAGUUGGUGAAGCGGGGCGCCAAAGUGAACAUGCAUAUGAAGGAUAGGGCGACGCCCCUGUUCAUAGCGGCCCAAAACGGGCACUUCAAAGUACUGCUGUUCCUGCUGGCGCAGGGAGCGGAGGCGGAUGCAAGGCGGACGGACGGUGCCACUCCCUUGUGGAUUGCGGCUCAGAUGGGGCACGAUCACAUCGUGGCUCAGCUGCUGAAAGCCGGGGCCAAAGUCGAUUCGGCAAGACAUGACGGAGCAACUUCCUUAUUCAAGGCGGCCCACAAGGGACAUUCGGCAGUUGUCGGUGAAUUAUUAAGAUACAAACCUUCCCUCGACUUACUUGCGAAUGGAGAAAGUCCCCUGCAUGCAGCUGCUUUGUCUGGUUCGUUGGCUGUUUGCAAACAACUAAUUGCGGCAGGAGCGAAUCCCAACUUGAAAAAUCAAGAGAAUCUGACACCCGCUGAUGUUGCAAUGAAAUCAGGAAGAAACAAUGCAAUACAUGACUAUUUAAGGAACUGUUCGAAUCGUAAAUGAAUUUUUAUGGGGUUUUCUAGGCUAAUUUUUAUGUUAUUAUAAAUAAUGUCUUCGAUACAGGGAGUUGUUUCUUCAGAUUAUUCCAUGGUCUAGUUAUAAAGACCGAUGACUCCAUAUUUCCGUGCAUUUUUAGCAUUUGUAAAAAUAUGUAAUUAUACUCAAGGAGAAACAAUUAUUCCGUACUACGAAUUUUAUUAGAAUGUGAUAAGAAUGUUUGUUGUACUGUUUGCACUUUAAAUGAAUAUGAAAUGUAGUAAUUGUUGUUAAAAAAGACUAAAUUUGUGCCUUCCCCACCGCAACAAAGUAUUAAUAUAUUACUCUCCGCUCAAUUUUUAAUAUAAUAGAGAGUUUCACUUUUUUCGUUCGUUUUACACUUGUUACGUUGUUUACAAUGUACUUAAUUAUAUUUAUCAUGUUCGUUAUUUACAUAAGGUAUAUGUAAUAGUUAAUAGUAUUUUAGUGAAAUAGUCUGGGAGGUAAUACCUUCUAAAAUUUUGAAUUGUUGCUAUUUAUUUAAUGAUGUAUAUUUCUUUGUUAUUUAUUGUUUUUGUAUUAUACUGUUUAAUAAAAUUUCUACACCAUUUUU